AUGGGACGUUUACCUUUAGUGUGCUGGAUGGUCCCUCAGCAAAUAAUUCCUUAUGUAUUUCUAACUUCACCUAAAGUAGAUGUCCCAUACCAUCCUUUAGGUACCUUAAACAUUUUUGAGGUCUUAAAACAAGUUAUACGUGUAUUUUAUCAAGAAACAAUAAAAUCUUGUAACUCUUUUAAGUUGGCACGUGUACUUGUUAACAAUGCAAAUAAUCAGGAAGUUCCUAGAGAAUCGGUGUAUGAUGCAGAACUUUACCGGAUCAUGUCAAAUUGGCUUGGUAGAUUUACAGUAACAGGACAAUGGCACCUGAAAUAUCGUGCUACUACAGCAUCAAUAAAAGAACUUAAGGAACACUAUGAACAGGCACUCCUAUAUGACAAGAAACUACCUGCAGAUGAAACAUGGGUUGUUCAUUUCACCUGUUGCGAAGACACCAUUUCAAAACUAUACUGGCCAACCGAAUCUCAAUUGCAAAAGGGCCUUCGAGUCGUAUACUUUUGGCACGACCUUAAUUUUACAAAAGUUAGUGUAAUUGCAUGUUUGGUGGGAUACAAAUAA